GACAACAAUUUUACUUCAAACCUGUGCCUCAGACUUGGAGCAUGAUGGACCCCAAGACAACUUUUGACCUCCGACCGGCUCGCUGAAUGAAUCUCGUCGGUCUACAGCUCGAGCUCAUCGGCAUGCUGUCAUGAUGUACGAUGCUACGCACUCUUGCAGGAUGCGUCUCCCGCGCGACGGCCGGGACGAAGCUCAGGCUCGCUCCCUUGAGCUUCAAGGCCUGCGCCGCGACGGUCGCCCCCAUCACAUCCCCCAGCAACAGCAACAACAAGCCCAAGCUCCGAGACUAUCAGCAGGAGUGCAUCAGAUCCGUGCUCCAGUCUUUAAAGCGCGGGCAUAAACGCGUCGGCAUCUCCUUGGCCACGGGGAGCGGCAAGACGGUCAUCUUCACUCAGCUUAUCGGCAAGGUUCAACCUCGACUAGGCGGCGGCGGCGAUCGCACGCUCAUCCUGGCACACCGGCGUGAGUUGGUCGAACAAGCGGCGAGGCACUGUCAGAUUGUUUACCCAGACAAGACGAUUGAGGUUGAGAUGGGCUCCCUCCACGCGUCCGGGACGGCGGACAUCACCAUUGCCAGCGUGCAGAGCAUCACCUCCAAGGAUCGUCUGGACAAAUUCGACCCCGCGACGUUCAAGCUGGUUCUCGUGGAUGAGGCGCAUCACAUCGUCGCCCAGGGCUACCUCAAGACCCUCAAGCAUUUUGGUCUCGAGCAGAAGCAGCGCGACUCGCCCACCCUCAUCGGCGUGUCCGCCACCUUUUCCCGCUUCGACGGCGUCAAGCUGGGCGCCGCCAUUGACGAGAUUGUGUACCACAAGGACUACGUUGACAUGAUUGCCGACAAGUGGCUCUCCGAUGUCAUCUUCACCACCGUAGAGUCCUCGGCGAACCUCUCCAGGGUCAAGAGCAGCGCUUUUGGCGACUUCCAGACAGGGGAGCUCUCCAAGGUGGUGAACACGGACGAGGUAAACGACGUCACGGUGCGGAGCUGGAUGGCCAAGGCGCCCGACCGUAAGUCGACGCUCGUCUUCUGCGUCGACCUGGCCCACGUGUCCGGGCUCACGCACAAGUUCAGAGAAUACGGCCUCGACGCCAGGUUCGUGACGGGCGAGACGCCCAAGGUGGGGCGGGGCGAGAUCCUCGAGGCCUUCAAGAGGGGUGACUUCCCUGUGCUGGUCAACUGCGGCGUCUUCACCGAGGGCACAGACAUCCCCAACGUCGACUGCAUAGUCCUGGCGCGGCCGACCAGGUCGCGGAAUCUGCUGGUCCAGAUGAUCGGACGGGGCAUGCGUCUGCACCCGGGCAAGAAGAACUGCCACGUCAUCGACCUGGUCUCGAGCCUGGAGACUGGCAUCGUGACGACGCCGACUCUGUUCGGCCUCGACCCAAACGAGUUGGUGGACCUGGCGUCCGUCGACGACAUGAGGAGGCUCAAGGAUCAGCGCUCAGCAGAGGAGGAAGCCAGGCAACAGGAAGCCAACUCUGGCGCGUCCAGUGCCGUCCCAAGCGCGGCGAAUGCGGUUACCUUUACGGACUACUCGUCGGUCAUGGACCUCAUUGCCGAUACGUCCGGAGAGCGCCACAUCCGCGCCAUCAGCCAGAACGCCUGGGUGCAGGUUGGCCAUGAGCGGUUCGUCCUCUCCGCGCCGAGCGGCUCGUACAUACGCAUCGAGCGCAUCGCAGACCAAGCCGGCGCCGGCGCCGGCGCCGCAGCCAACUCAGCCCCGACGUACCGCGCGGUCGAGAUCCGCGCGCUGCCGCCCGGCGUCUCCAAGUCGCCGUUUGCCUCCCCGAGGGAGAUCCUCACGGCGGCGACCUUCAACGACGCGGUCCACGGCGCCGAUAGCUACGCGUCCAACGCGUUCCCGCUCACCUUUAUACGCCGACAUCAGUCGUGGCGCAACCUGCCGCCCACGCAGGGCCAGCUCGACUUUGUGAACCGCAUGCGCGGCAAGGGUAGCGACGCCCUGACCGCGGCGGACCUGACAAAGGGCAAGGCCGCCGACAUGAUCACCAAGCUCAAGCACGGGGCCCGCGGCCAGUUCGCCAAGAUAGAGGCGGAGCAACGACGACAGGAGCGGCAGAUGACGACGGCGGAAGCAAGACAGGGCCGCGAGCAGGUGAGAGUUGGGCCGGUCAUGGCGUGAGCGCCGUUCCCUUGGGUUGAUGUAUACUACUAUUCGUGACUGGUUUGCGGCUUUAUACCACGGGUGCAGGGCGUUAGGGACAUACGGGCAGCAUGGGCUGCAUACGACAUACCUGCCACAUCUAUCAUGUCCAUCUAGUUUUGGAGAAUAGCUAGACAGACGGUUUUGAUUUCUUCCAUCACACACCAUGAUCUAUUCUGCCC